AUGGAGCAGGAUGUGGAGAGCCCAGCCAUCAGCGGACAUUCCAAGUUCCUCAAGCCGGCCGGCAAGGACCUGCCCAAACAGCUGGCGGCGAUGGACCAGGCCCGGAAAGUCCAGCGCUACGUCCAGAAAGACGGCAAGUGCAACGUCCACCACGGCAACGUGCGCGAGACGUACCGCUACCUGACGGACAUCUUCACCACGUUAGUGGACCUCAAGUGGCGCUUCAAUCUCUUCAUCUUUGUCCUGGUGUACACGGUCACGUGGCUCUUCUUUGGCUUUAUGUGGUGGCUCAUAGCGUACCUGCGGGGGGACCUUGACCACAUAGCGGACAACCUUUGGACUCCGUGCGUCAAUAAUCUUAAUGGGUUCGUGUCAGCUUUUUUGUUUUCCAUCGAGACAGAAACCACCAUCGGUUACGGAUACCGAGUCAUCACAGACAAGUGUCCCGAAGGGAUCGUUCUGCUCCUGAUCCAGUCCGUGCUCGGCUCUAUCGUCAACGCCUUCAUGGUGGGCUGUAUGUUCGUCAAGAUCUCGCAACCGAAGAAGCGGGCUGAGACCCUGGUGUUUUCCACCAACGCCGUCAUAUCCAUGAGGGACGGACGCCUGUGCCUGAUGUUUCGGGUCGGGGACCUUCGCAACUCGCACAUCGUGGAGGCCUCGAUCCGGGCCAAGCUGAUCAAGUCCAAGCAGACCAAGGAAGGGGAGUUCAUCCCCCUGAACCAGACGGACAUAAACGUGGGCUAUAACACGGGCGAUGACAGACUCUUCCUCGUGUCGCCGCUUAUCAUCUGCCACGAGAUCAACCAGAACAGUCCCUUCUGGGAGAUCUCACCAGCCCACCUGGCCAAGGAGGAGCUGGAAAUCGUGGUCAUUCUGGAGGGCAUGGUUGAGGCCACCGGCAUGACGUGCCAGGCCCGGAGUUCAUACGUGAGCAGCGAGAUCAAGUGGGGCUACCGUUUCACCCCCGUGCUCACGCUGGAGGACGGCUUCUACGAGGUGGACUACAACAGCUUCCACGACAUCUACGAGACCAACACCCCGGCUUGCAGCGCCCGCCAGCUGGCCGACAUGAACGGUCGCGGCCGCCUGCCCCUCACCUGGUCCAUGGCCAGCAAGCUGAGCCAGCAGGGCCUGGUGCCCGAGACCGAGCACCAGGACCCGCGGACUGAGCGUAACGGAGACGUUGCCAACGCCGAGACCGAGUCCAAAGUGUAG